CACAUAGAUUUCUCAUUGUCAUUCAACUAUAUUGAACUCAACCUUCUCUUGUUGAACAAAAGUCAAAGAGUUCAAUUCUUGAUUUCUAAUAGAAAUGGCAUCAACUUCUCUUUCUCUUCCUUCUCUUAAGCUACAAUUCCCCUCACAUACAUCAUCAUCUUAUCGUAAAAAUUCAUCGUCUCAUCGUGUUAGUAUUCGUCCCAUUCAGGCUUCGGUGUCUGAGAUACCACCUUACAUUUCAUCACCAUCACCAUCGUCAUCACCACCUGUUAAACAAGCGAAACUCCCAGCCCGAAAAGUCCCUGGAGAUUAUGGACUACCAUUAGUUGGUCCAUGGAAAGACAGACUUGAUUACUUCUACAAUCAGGGCAAAAAUGAAUAUUUCAAAUCAAGAAUUCAGAAGCAUCAGUCUACUGUUUUUCGAACGAACAUGCCACCAGGUCCAUUCAUUUCAUUCAAUCCAAACGUUGUUGUUUUGCUCGAUGGUAAAAGUUUCCCCAUCCUUUUUGAUGUAUCCAAAGUUGAAAAAAAGGAUCUUUUCACCGGUACUUUCAUGCCAUCCACUGAUCUCACAGGCGGUUAUCGUGUUCUCUCCUAUCUUGAUCCUUCUGAACCAAACCAUGCCAAAUUGAAGAAACUCAUGUUUUAUCUCCUUUCAUCACGACGCAAUGAAGUUAUUCCAGAGUUUCACAAUAGCUACUCCGAGCUAUUUGAAACUCUGGAAAACGAACUCUCCACGAAAGGUAAAGCUGGGCUCAAUGCAGCAAAUGAUCAAGCUGCAUUUAACUUCCUGGCUAGAUCUUUAUAUGGCAUUAAUCCUCAAGACACCGAACUUGGAACCGAUGGACCUAAGUUGAUCGGAAAAUGGGUGCUGUUCCAGCUUCAUCCUUUGCUAAUUCUCGGCCUCCCAAAGGUUCUUGAAGACCUUGUUAUGCAUACUUUCAGACUCCCCCCUGCCUUGGUGAAAAAAGAUUACCAGAGACUGUACAAUUUCUUUUACGAAAACUCAACUUCCGUUCUUGAUGAAGCAGAAAAAAUUGGUAUUUCUCGCGAAGAAGCUUGUCAUAAUUUGCUAUUCGCGACAUGUUUCAAUUCAUUCGGAGGAAUCAAAAUCUUUUUCCCGAAUAUGUUGAAAUGGAUAGGCAGAGCAGGGGCUAAACUCCACAGCCAAUUAGCUCAAGAAAUUCGUUCAGUCAUUUCAUCAAACAGUGGGAAGGUCACAAUGGCUGCCAUGGAAAAAAUGCCACUAAUGAAAUCAGUAGUCUACGAAUCCCUCAGAAUUGAACCUCCGGUAGCAUCACAAUACGGCAGAGCAAAACACGACAUGGUAAUUGAAUCCCACGACGCAUCAUUCGAGAUCAAAGAAGGUGAACUCCUUUAUGGGUUUCAACCGUUUGCAACUAAAGACCCAAAAAUCUUCGAUCGAUCGGAAGAAUUCGUGGCCGAUCGGUUCAUCGGAGAAGAAGGGGAGAAGCUGUUGAAACACGUGUUAUGGUCAAAUGGGUCGGAAACAGAGAACCCAUCGAUAAAUAACAAACAGUGUGCCGGAAAAGACUUCGUCGUACUGGUUUCAAGAUUGUUGUUGGUCGAAUUGUUCCUCCGAUAUGAUUCGUUUGAGAUUGAAGUCGGUGCAUCUCCAUUAGGAGCUGCAAUUACCUUAACUUCUCUGAGAAGAGCCAGUUUUUGAUGAACACUGGCUUAAUUAAGUAAUUAGUAAUCUUGUUUAGUGUAUUAUAUUUCAUUGUUGUGUUAUUAAGAAAUAAUUAAUUUACAGAACAGAGCAUGCCGGCCGGCGGCGGUAAUUGAGGAAGAGGCCGGUGAUGUGUAUAGUUUAGUAUAGUAGUUAUUUUUUGUUGGAAAAUGGAAUGUGUAACUAUGUUAAUGAUCAAUGUAAUAUGUUGUUCUCAAUAAAUACAAUAGUUAAUUCA